CGAGAUGGUGAUGAAAGAAAGAGACGAGGAGCUGGCUUUGUUUCUUGAAAUGAGAAGACGAGAGAAGGAGAAAAGUAAUCUUCUUCUUCUUCACAACUCUGACGACAUCAAUAGUAAUAGUACUCCUCUAGGAUCUCAUAUAUCGAAGAUUAUGUCGUCUGUUCCGACUCGGAAGACCGUUGCUGAUAAUUUUUUGAAUUCGAAGAAUGAUAAAUCUGAUUAUGAUUGGCUUCUUACACCACCUGGUACCCCACUGUUUCCUUCUUUGGAGAUGGAAUCACAGAAAACCAAAAUGAGUCAAAUUGGGAUGUCUAAUGCUCGUCCAACUGCUUUGAAAUCAAGGCUACCUAAUGUUCAGGAAGAACCUGCUUCAAGGAGUAACGUAGCAUCUAAGAAUCUGACCGUGCCAUCUGGACUAGACUCUUCAGGUACUGGCAACAGAAGGCCAUCAUCAUCUGGUGGUCGAACUUCUACUACUAGAGCUGCAACACCAACUGGGCGGCCAACUUUGACCACAAUAGCUAAGCCUUCAAGAUCCUCAACUCCUACUUCAAGGGCCACCUUGCCUUCCUCUAAACCGGCUGCUCCUGCAGUGAGAUCCUCAACUCCUGCUAGAUCCUCAACUCCUACUGUGAGAUCCUCAACUCCUGCUAGAUCCACUGCACGCUCUUCAACACCAACUGCUAGGCCCACUGUAGCGGCUCCUAAACCAGCACCAAGAUCAGCAACUCCAACUUCUAGAUCAACAUCAAGAUCAGCAACUCCAACUUCUAGAUCAACAUCAAGAUCAGCAACACCAACUCGUCGACCAUCAGCCCCUUCAAGUGCACCUAGUGUAUCUGCUCCUCCUGUUCGAUCUUCUUCAGUGUCAAAGUCAGGUUCCACAACUUCAAAAAAUCCUGUUCCAUCACGUGGCACUUCUCCAACAGUAAAAUCUAGGCCUUGGAAACCCUCUGAGAUGCCUGGUUUCUCACUUGAUGCUCCACCGAAUUUGAAGACAUCAUUGCCUGAACGGCCAGCUUCAGCUUCUCGGGGCAGGCCAGUGGCAAAGAAUAAUCAACCGUCUUCUAUGGAGGCUAAUUCUAAUGGAAGACGCAGACAACAAUCUUGCUCUCCUUCUAGAGUAAGGACUCCAAAUGGUAGUGUCUAUGGUAGUGGGAGUUCCAUUCCUUUUGUGCGUAAAGCAAAUGCUAGUAGUGGUGAUGAUGUGAAUCCAGGACUAAUGGGAACCAAAAUGGUAGAAAGAGUGGUAAACAUGAGGAAACUGGCACCACCAAAGCAAGGAAACAAUGGCUUCAGCCAUAGUAAUUCUGCUGGGAAAUCAUCCUCAUCCCUUGACAGCUCUGGCUUUGGAAGAUCACUCUCAAAGAAAUCCCUUGAUAUGGCUUUGCGUCACAUGGAUAUAAGAAGAAGCACUCAAGGUAAUCUGCGGCCUCUAAUGACAAACAUUCCAGCUUCUUCUAUGUAUAGUGUGAGAUCUGGAUCCACAAAAAGUACAACAAUUAGUGUCUCAGAUUCACCUCUUGCCACAAGGAGCAACGCGAGCUCCGAACCCAGUGUCAACAACAAUUCCUUCUGUUUAGAUGAUAUUGAAAUGGAAUGCAGCAAUGAUUUUGGAAGUGAAAGAGGAAACCCAUCUCCUACGAGCCAGCGUGGUUGUAGGUAACGCAUUUUCCGCUUUGUUAUUUAUAGGUGGAAUGCUCAACCAACCUAAUAUGCUUAAGAAACAACCCGUUUCUGAAGUGGUAGAUGUUGUACGGUGACUCGCCUUUUCUGUAAAAUUUUGUUUAGAGAGUCUGUGG